CCAGGCGCAAGGUCUUUUGGAAGGACAAGCAUUACAUGAAGCAGAUGAAGACAUGGUCACCGAUGUUGACUUUACCAACAUGAUUUCUGAAGAAGAGCGCGAAGAGCUGAAAGCUGAACUUGUUAAGCUAGAAGAUGAAAUUGCAACUUUACGGCAAGUGUUAGCAGCUAAAGAAAAGCAUCUUGUGGAAAUAAAACAAAAACUUGGCAUCAACCUGAUGAAUGAACUGAAACAGAAUUUUAGCAAGGGCUGGCAUGAUGUGCAAACAACUACUGCAUAUAAGAAGACACAGGAGACUCUGACUCAAGCAGGGCAAAAGGCCACAGCAGCAAUCAACAAUGUUGGAACAGUUAUCAGCAAGAAGUUUGGUGAUAUGAGGUCACAUUCACUUGGUUAUUCUAUUCGUCAUUCCAUAAGUAUGCCUGCUAUGAGGAAUUCUCCUACUUUCAAAUCCUUUGAAGAAAAGGUUGAAACCACUGUCACAAGCCUUAAGACAAAAGUUGGAGGUGCUAGCCAUCCUGGAGGAAGUUUUGAAGAAGUUCUUAGUUCUACUGCUCAUGCCAGUGCCCAGAGUUCCGUUGUGGGCACUCAACUCUCAGAAACAGAAGAGGAGCUCCAGUGCUAGAUUGCAUAGAUGAAACUGGUCCUCUCCAUUCCACUGCUUAGGGCCAAAUCACACAUGACACACUUUAUUUUCUCCACAGGAUUGAGCAUACAGGUGUAUGCCUAUAUGAGAAAUGUUAGUGUGAACCAGACAGUACUCAGAGACAUCUGCAACAAUUCCUGCGAUUAAACCAGCUGAAAAAUAGCAGAAAUGGCCAUCUCUGUAUACUAUCCAGUUUACUCUAGCACUAUUUUAUGAAGUCAUAUGUGGAUCUUAUAUGAAGAGGCUCAGUAUCAUUCAAAUGGUUUUUCAUAUCCAGCUUCUAUAAGACAAGGCUGUGUUUCUACCAGUUGUUCCACCAAUUUUGCAGAGAUUUGUUCAUAUGUGUAUAUAUGUUUAGAUAUUGAAUUUGAGUAAGCUGUUCAAAUAAUAUA